UCCUCUUUUUUGCGGAAGAGGAGGAGCUAAAAGAAGGGCAAAAAAUUCAACGUUUAUCAGUUUCGGAGCAGACGUUAGACUUGCCGCAAAAGAAAUGCCUUCUCGCCGAGCUCCGUGGUCUUUAUGGCUUCCUCUGUGGAUUGCGUUAGUCGCAGGAUCCUUCGGGGAAGAAGAAGAAGAAAGAAAAGCAGAAAACGUGGCCGGGAUUAUUGGGGAAUCUGUCACGUUCCAGUUGAAUUUUUCUGAACCAUUUAAAUCCAUUACUUUGCAAAGGAAGAAAAAACAGAAUUUUAAUAAUGUUGCCAUUUUGAAGCUGGAAAAGAACUACUGUGCUGUAACUGAGAUAUUCUUCACAAGCUUCGAAGAGCGACUGGACGUCUCGGAAGACUGCAAGAGGAUAAAAAUCUUCCAUCUGACACAAGAGGAUUCUGCCACAUUCAGAGCUGAGAUCCCAAUCCCUCAAAAGGAUGAACCAUUAAAUCUGUUCUUCAAUCUUCAGGUCUUCAGGAAAUUGUCCGAUUCCGACUUGCAAAUCCACUGCAAAGCAAUAGGAAAUGAGACUUGGCGGCUGAACUGCUCGGCGAGAGAGUCGGAGGAAGGCGUCCUGUUUAAUAUGACUGCCGAUGGAAACCAGGAACAUUCGGGAAGGACCCUGGAUGUCCAAGAUGGAGGCGGGGAGGAGGACCCAAACAUCUCCUGCGUGGCCAGGAACCCCGUCAGCACGGCCUCCACAGCACGGCCUUUGAGGGACCUCUGCGAGCCUCGCACAACGGCAGCCACAAUAGAGCCUCGGUUGCAGAACGGAAACAGAAUCCAUAGCCGCAUCAUUAUAGGAGUGUCAAUUCUCAUUGUUUUAAUCGUGAUUGUAGUCUGUGCAGUCGUUUUCUAUUGUGCUUGGCGAAGAAAAAAAGCUGCCUCUCAUCUUCAAGGGCAUUCUGCAGAACCUGAAGAAUGCAAGAGCAUUUAUGCCCAGGUUGGAGAGGUUUUCCAGGACCGGGAUGUGCAGAGCUCUCGGCCGAGAACCGGCCCAAAGAAAGAGAAACAACAAGCCUCACAGACCAUCUACACGACUGUGGAACAUCCACCCAAAACGAGUCCUUUGCAAACGGACGAUGAGAAGAUGCAGAAAAGGAGGCGAAGGAGAGACGAAGGCGAGAAAACGGUUUAUUCGGAGAUUAAUAAAUCCUCAGAGGGUGAAGCCCACGGCCUCAAGACCGUCUACGAAACAGUGAAGAACCCUCGGCCUCUCAAGACGCAAGAAUACACCCAGAUCCUCUAGCCGUGGAGCCCUUUUUGGAGCCAGUGUUUCUUGUGUUUACAUGAAAUUUUUAUCUUCUAUUGUUGUUUACAUUGAUAUAUUGUAUUAUUGUUUUAUCUUUUUAUAUUGUGAUUGUAUUGUGUUGCUUAUAUUUUGUUCUUAUGUUGUUUGGGCCACUGCCCCAUGUAAGAGUCCCCGUGGG